AGGUUUGAUUCCUCCUCCCCGCAGCAGGUUUCGCUUUGGGAAGACCAGAGACAAGCCUAUUGCCAGACAGCCUACUGUUGCGCCGAUGCGGAGAGCACCGCGCGGUGGACAGUCAAUCGCAAUGCAAAAUAUGAACGCACUGUAGGCUUCUACGGUUCUUCAUCAACAACAACAACAUAGUUUUCCGCACGGAUAGCACGCUUCCUUACUGCUAAAGGAGGAUUUUUUUCCGGUUGGGUUUGCGCGUUUGGAGUGAAAAUGCCCUUCUGCAAGCGCACAAUAGUUCCCAAGGAUGUCUGUAAAAACGACGCGAAGAGGCAAACUGCGAUUUUCGGGGACUUGGUGGACGUUUGCGGGUUCACUCUAUGUUCGGUGCUCCGACAGCUCUCGGAUUUAUCCCGCCACUCCGUCAGCAUCUUGGAAGAGCUCGAGGGCGAGCUAGUGUCUAUCUGUCACCGGUCGGGCACGCUCGAGGGCAAAGUGAUCCGUUUACAGCGACACAUCGCUGCGCUCGGCAGUAAGCCACCGCCGAAGACCAACACCAACUUGGACGCAGAGUCGAAGCGUAGUGCGGCUUCGUCGUCGACGGCGACAUCGGCCCACUUCCGGUCUCCAUGGCAACAGAGCGUGAAUGUGUUUGGCUCGUGGAGCAGGCCGGACUGUGUUCAGGAGCUCCAUCAGGAGGCUCAGCUUAACCUGCAGAGCCUGCUGCAAGACUUUGAAGAGCAGCUGUAUGACACCAAGCUAACAGGCCAGACGUUCCGCCACCCAACAGCUUCCUCCCAGAGUUCUGACGACACGUCCACCACCCUCAGUCGCUCCCCUGUCUCCCUCAACAACAAGAGACCUGAAUUCAUCUUCCUGCCGGCGUCUAAGGGGCAGGUGUGUGAGGAGGAUGAGACCUCCUCAGUAAGUAUCAGUAGGGGUACAGACCCGUCCCCCUCUCCUUCCCCAUCCCCCUGUGGGUCAGAUCGCCCUCUAGUGGGGUGGAGCAGCACCUCCCUGGGACCCCCCGUGGCCGAGAAACCUCGUUGGCACCUGGGACGACGCACCCCCGCUCACCUGCUAUCCCUCGACAUCACAGGUGAGGGUAAACUCUUGGGCGUAGACCUCCUCCAGGGAUCCUGUUCCCCCUCUCCGUCCCUGGGCUGUGGUGGAGGAGGCCAGCCCCGGUCUCUGGAGCCUGUCACAGACACCCCUGUCCAGCACAUACCCUUGAGAAAGACCCAUAGUGACCUGGACCCCAGCUUCAGCCUUCCCAAGUCCCCCAGGAACCCCCCUCCUACCCUGGGCACCAUGGACCACUCUGCCGCCCUCCUCUGCUCCAACUCCCCCUCUCAGUCCUGGAACGGCCCCAAGGGCUCCACCUUCUCCCCGGGAGCCUGGAACGAGGCCUAUAGUUAUAGUUUAGCUCCAAGUCCGCUGGGGAAGGGACCGGCGACCAUGCCCAAGGGAGCAAGGAUGGUGGGGAUGGUUGCGGGGCAGGGUGGGGAGUUGAUGUGCCCCUCUCAGACCAGUUUGGGACUCUCCGUGAGCUCGGGGUCGCAGUCUCACUCUAGUUCGUUCACGUCAAUAUCAGAACCUUCCGGACACAGGCACCCAGGCACCAUAGGGAUGAUGAUGGGGAGGCGGAGCGAGACAGAGGGGGCGGCAUCUAGCUCCACUGACGAACGGAGUGGUCUGGAGAGAGGGAUGGGAGGAGGCGAGAGAAGGGAGAGGUCGGCGCGUUCUGUCGCCGCCGCCAAUGCAUUUAAGUUCCGUGAGCGUUCUCUUUCCACGCCGACGGAUUCCGGCUCGUUCUGCUCCACGGACAACAUCUGCGGCGGUAUGUACAGCCUCGGUGGACUACCUGGAGCCGGUAAUGGGACAAACGGGAACGGUGGCGGCGUUUUAACAGAGAUGCGCCACCCACACCACCAUUACCCUGGCGGUGAGGGGGGUGAGAGGGGCGAGAGCUAUGCCCUCUUCUACCCCAGCGGGAGCUCCGAGGAUGGGAGCAACAGCAUUGACAACGUCUCCGUAACCGACGGCAACUUCCCCCCGGGCGGUCGCCUACGGUUACGUUCUCGCUCCAUCUCGCUGAAGAAGUCCAAACGCAAACCCCCUCCACCCGUCCGGAGCGUCUCGCUCGUGAAGAAUUUAGGGGACGCCGAGGGGCGCGUGCAUGGCCACAACGGAGGGCACUACCGGGACGGCCGCCCCAAAUCCCUACACAUCCCCCGGGACCACCUCCAGGACUUCCAGCCAGACUUCCUCCUACCUUCCUCCUCCCUCUCCAAGGCCGAUCUGGAGGAGCCUGAGCUGGGCCAUGGCGGCGUGGACGGACCCCCUAGCCUCGAGGUCCACGGACCAGACACAACAGAGCUGUCCUUCCCAGCUCACUGGCAGCUGGAGGAGUGGAAAGCUUCUGACCCCUACAGGUCGUUGUCUGGGUCUAGUACAGCCACAGGGACGACUGUUAUAGAGUGCAUGAAGGUUCGGGGCAGCUCCGAGUCACUCCUGGACUCUCCCUCCACCUCCAGAGCCACCUCCCCCUCCCUGCUCUCCAUUGAGACAGAGUCGACCAAAGCUUCCUCCCCCUUCAAGCCACCAGGACUCAUGUCCCCCUCCAGCGGCUACUCUAGCCAGUCAGAAACUCCGACGCCCAUCACCCCCUCCAACCAGGUGGCAGGAACACCAACAGGGCCCGCCUGCACAUUGGGGUGUAAGAUGCGCCCCAAAAUCCCAGAGAGGAAGUCUUCGUUGCCAGCUACAUCACCACGGGACCCUGCCGCCCGAUCUAGGCUGUCCUUCGAGAUGCCGGUUAACGCUCAUCUGGAUUUGUCCUCCAUCAAACCAAAACAGAAGGCCAGCCGGCGCCAUUCUGACACGUCCACCGCCAUUAAGCCCGGUAAACUGAGUGCCGGCAGCCAAUCAACUCUCCCAGUGGUGAUCACGAACGAGCUCCGGAACAUCCGCCUGCGUUCUGUCUCCCGUACUGACCUGGAGGACUGCCUUGAUGGAGCCUCUAAUGACAUCAUUGAGGAGGAGCAGGGCCGCGACCUUUCCCCCCUCCUGUCACCCCGGUUGCAUCCCCGGCCCCCUCGUUGCCCCCAGACCCAAACCCCUGUGGCCUUCAAGCCCCCAUUACCCAAACGCCCCCUCAACAUCCUCCUCAAGUCCCCUUCCUCCUCCCCCGUUGCUUCCGACUCCCCCUGCCUCCCCUGUUGACCCUCCCG